AGCUAGUGCAGAGACUUCGCGAGAAGAUUUUGCUUCUUGUCAAAUCUCGUUGUGAUUUUGGCGUUGGAGGGAGUCGUUCAUCGUGAAGCUCUCUGCUGAAAGAUCAUGGCUUCUGCCAGUCGCCUGGCGCAUUUGCCGGUUGGCAGUGGGUAUCGCUCCUCUUUCAAUGGUUUGGUUGUCACGGUGUUUGGAGGGACUGGUCACAUUGGUAGACAUCUAGUCAACCGUUUGGGUCGCGAGGGUACACAGAUCGUGACUCCUUGCAGGAGUGACGACUAUUACGCCAAGGACCUGAAGGUUUGUGGAGAUUUGGGAGCAGUGCGAAUCCUUCCGCUGUCGCUCAAUGAUGAGAAGUCAAUCUUCGACAGUGUCAAGUACUCUGAUGUUGUCAUCAACUGCAUCAAUCGGCAGUACAACCGUCAGCUUGGAAGGUGCACCAUGGCGGAGAUAAACGUGGACGGGGCUGAGCGUAUUGCGCGCAUCUGCCGCGAGGCUGGCGUUGAGAGAUACGUGCAGAUGAGCUCCGUGGGAGCCAGCGAGGAUCACCCAUCGGAGUACAUGCGUACCAGGGCGGCAGGGGAAGCAGCUGUGCGAGGUGCAUUCCCCGACGCGACCAUUGUACGGUCGUGCGGCCACAUUGGAUACUUUGAUCGCACGCUCAAGUUCAUCCGCUCCAACUGGUUUGCCUUGUUAGGCUUCAAGCCGGUCGUCGGUGGAAAGUACCACACCACCGUCAAAUAUCCUGUUGCUGUGCCGGAUGUUGCCAAGGGCUUGAUCGCCGCAGCGAUGCAGUCGGACGCGGCCGGCCGUACGUACGAGCUCAUUGGACCGGACAAGCUGACGGUGGCGGAGAUGUAUGACCUAGUGUUUGCAUCGCUCUUCAAGCUCUACAUGCCAAUGCCCGUCCCAGAGCAGCUGCUCCGCUUGUCCGUACUGGCACACGAGUUCUCGGCCCGCGCUCCGUUUUUCUCACGAGACGAGAUCACGCGCCUCUAUUGCAGCGAAGAGCCUACGCCUGGCGUGCCCGGAUUCGAGGAGCUCGAAAUAGUGCCAAGCUCCGCGAAGUUCAUGAUCGUCGAUGCUCUGCGCAUGUACAGAUCUCACUACUACGAGAAGGUCUCGUAUGAAGAUGUCAUGUUCGAGCAGCAAAAGAGUUCCUCAGGAUAAAAAAAGUUGAUGAUAGUAAUGGUGGCAAAGAUCUCGUCGCAGCUGUUGCUCAGAUAGUGCAUCAUAACGCCAGUGCGGUCUCAGGUCACAUCCUUAUUGAAAAGUUCUGCCUUCCCACGCUGUACACUGUACAUAGUAUUUAUGACUCGGCCGGUCGGCGCCGUUUCCCCUCUCUGUUGACUGCCUAACUUGGGCAGCGGUAUCCCUCAUACCCUUUGGAUGCCGGAGAGAAUCAAUAGUGCUCACACCAUGUCACCAUGUGUCCAUGUUGCACUCAGUUUUUGCUUUAGGUUUGCUGCAACUGGUGGUCAAGAUUAUUAUGCUAAAAAUGCUACUGCUCGGAUCUUUGAAUUCGGCAGCAUUUCUCAAGUUAGGUUUGCAUCAUUUUAUUAUUUUUUGCUUUUUAAUUUCCAUGACAUGACCCAGUGAUGGCUGACUUGUACAGUUUAUCCCCAUGUCUUCUUUGAGUAUUGUUUUGCAAUUUUGAAUAAUUGUAUUUAGUAGUGUCAGAUAAUAUUUGCUUCAAUAAAGCGGGCAUAAGCACGCUGUGAAUGUAGUGAAAUCAUGGUAACAAUCAAAAUGUUGUAACGUUAGUACUUUGAAAGAGAGAGAGUCCAUCCGAGUCCAUUCUUGCACGCCUGA